GCUGGAAAACCUGCACCUGGUCUUCAUCUUGAUGUUAUUAAAGAAGGUAAAAUGGUUCAGAAAUUGAUGAUUGACGAAAAGAAAUGUUAUUUUUUUGGUAGAAACAAACAAAUGUGUGAUUUUUGUAUUGAUCAUGCCUCUUGUUCCAGAGUUCAUGCUGCUUUAGUGUGGCAUAAACACCUUGGUCGACCAUUUAUUAUAGAUUUAGGAAGUACUCAUGGAACAUAUAUUGGUCACAUAAGAUUGGAAAAAAGGAAACCACAACAAGUACCUAUUGAUAGUGAAUUACAUUUUGGUGCCUCUACUAGAAUUUAUAUAAUAAGAGAAAGACCCCAGCCUCUAGGUUUCGAUGAUAAUGAUAAGAGUGAUAUUAGAGAUGGUAGUUUAUUAGGUUUACCAGAAACAGAAACUGAAUUGGACAAUUUAACAGAGUUUAAUACAGCUACAAACAGAAGAGUAGCCUCUGUUGUAGAAGGUAGUAAUAAUAAAAAUCCUUUAAAAAGAAAAAAGAAAGGUGUACACAUCACUUUUAAUGAAGAUGAAGAAGUCAUUAAUCCAGAAGAUAUAGAUCCAUCGAUUGGAAGAUUUAGAAAUCUUGUUCAAACAACAGUCAUACCAUCAAAGGUAAAUAACUCAUUUUUACAGUAUAUAUUCCUUUACAGUAUCACAAAACGUUUACAAAACUUUUCUUAUGGUGCUGCUGGUUUAUAUGGUGACUUGCCCACGUUGGGAAGUACAAAUGCUGGCUCUACAUUAACAAGUACCUUCAGCAUGGCUGCUAAAUUAGGACUCUCUAUGCCCAAUUUAGCACCCGAUUUGGAUGUGUCAGCACCAGAAGUGAAAGCUCCUGAAAUUAGUGUUGCAUUUACACCUGAAGAGGUGUCUAAAGAACCGAAGAAAAAGAAAUAUGCCAAAGAAGCCUGGCCUGGCAAAAAACCUGUGCACAAUCUUUUAGUGUAG